CCUCAAACGACCUCUCGCUUUUUCGCAAAGCGUCUGCCCAGCCCACACGUUGGCGACACAGCGCACGUCGCUCUGUCGCAUACCGCUCGUGGCGAAACGAAACGGAUUGGCCCAAGUCACAAUCGCAGCAGUUGGGUGGAACAAUGCCUCACAAACACAAGAGAAAGCGCGGCGGCGACGACGAUGAAUACGAUCUGCCGCCGUCGCAAAAAGCUCGACCGCUUCCUGUCUCCACAAGCCGACAGAACGCUAAGCAACAGGCUCGAGCCGUAACUACCAAGCAACGCAAGGGUCGCGCCUCUGACAACGAUGCUCCGCGCGCAUUCAGACGGCUCAUGGCCGCGGCACAAGGAAAGAAGACAAGGUCGGGCCUGGACGACGGCAAGGGACCUGGUGAUCGCAAAGGAAAAGUCAAGAAAGCGGGCGGGGAACCACUCGCCGCGGCUGAGGGCUUGCCCGAGACGCCACGAAUCCUUCCCGGCGAGGACCUGAGGUCCUUCGCUGCUCGCGUGGAUGCUGCCCUCCCGGUAGCAGGUCUGGCCAAGAAGACCAAGAUUAAGGACGGCAAAGACGAGGCCGGCCUCAAGGUCUACCGCACGCGCAAGGAACGGAAGAUGCACAAGCUCUACGACCAAUGGAGGGCCGAAGAGCGCAAGAUUCAAGAAAGGAAAGAAGAAGAGCUCGAGAUCGAGGCCGAGCGUGAAUUGGAAAACGACGGGGCUGGCGUCCUGACAUCCUCUGCUUUCAUGGACGGGCCCGAAGACACGUCUGGAAAGAAGAAGAAGGGUCGCAGGCGGCGCGGCAAAGCCGAGCAGGACGACGAGGACCCGUGGCUUGCACUCAAGAAGAAGCGGGCGGAGGCAAAGAUCGGGCUACACGACGUGGCACAGGCGCCACCUGAACUCCAUAAAAAGAUACGACAGCAGCUGAGGGUCGGUGAUGCUGCCGUUGAUGUGGACAGUGUGCCCAAGGCGGCAGGAAGUUUGCGGCGGCGCGAGGAGCUGCAGACGGCGAGAAACGAUGUGGUAGAGGCGUACAGAAAGAUACGCGAGCAUGAGCAGGCCAAGCUCGACGCGCAGCGGAGAAAGAAAUAGCCCCAUGCUUGGGGCGGCCUGCACUCUAUGGCAGAAAUCAUGGACCAGCGAUACGCGUGCGCGUUCCUUCUUGAUGGACUGGGCAGAUUGUCUAUUUUGAGGCUUUCUUAAUCUCCCUCAUUGCCGUACUGACCUGGGUAGCGGUGGGAGCCAGACUUUGCGCCCCAGCCAAAUAUCUUAGCUACUAGAUAGCCUCUACAUCUGCAAAGUACCUGGUUGGCACUGAGGUG